AUAAAGAAUCUUGGAAAUCAACCUCCAAUAACUGGAUUAAUUGAAAAUACAGUCUCAUACAUUUCAAAGUUUUCCUGGCAAACUAGUGAAGGCAAAAAUUUGAAACUUUUUGCAUGUGAAGAGUAGAAAGGUUAAAGGCUCAUUUUCCCAAAAUUUCAAAUUUUUCCACGGAAAAUAACAUGAAGAAUCUUGGAAAUCAACUUACAAAAACUGAAUUAGUUGAAAAUAUCGUCUCACACAUUUCAAAGUUUUCCUGGAAAACUAGUGAACGAAAAAAUAUGAAACUUUUUAAAUGUGAAGAGGAAGGUUAGAAACUC